GGCCCCGCUGCAGUGAGGAGCAUCUCUCUCCACCCAGUCUGUGUUUUCAAGUAGCAUUACAGGCUAGCUGGGUAGCUUCACCACAGUAGGAACCGUUAACCCGACAACAACCAUGCAAAUACAUACAAAACAGCUUAUUCAUUGGAUUGUUUCAUAGAUUAUAGCUAUUUCGUAAAAUGCGAGCCACUCCUAAAGCUGUGAAAAGUUGCGAGAGAGGAUAGAAAAGAGAAGGAAACACAGGGAGACCAAACGGGUUCAGCUGUUCACCUCUCUGGAACUUUACAAAGAUGCCUGAGGUCCGUGACCUGUCUGAAGCUUUGCCAGAGAUGCCCAUGGACCCAAUCACUGGAGUAGGAGUAGUAGCCUCCAGGAACAGGGCACCCACUGGAUAUGAUGUGGUCUCUACAACAACAGAUGGCCUGGAUGCUGACCUGUGGAAGGACGGCCUUUUCAAAUCCAAGGUGACCCGCUACCUCUGCUUCACCAGGGUCUUCUCUAAAGAAAAUAGCCAUUUAGGCAAUGUUCUUGUGGAUAUGAAGCUAAUCGAUAUAAAGGACACUCUGCCUGUGGGUUUCAUCCCGAUCCAGGAGACUGUUGACACUCAGGAACAGGCCUUCAGGAAGAGGCGACUGUGCAUUAAGUUUAUUCCACGGGACUCCACAGAGGCAGCCAUCUGUGACAUCCGCAUCCUAGGACGCUCCAAGCAGGCCCCCCCUCAAUACACUUUUAUAGGAGAGCUUAACAACAUGGGAAUCUGGUAUCGCAUUGGUAAUGUACCUCGGGCCCAGGACUCCACACAUACUCCAACCACUAACAACACCCAGAAUGUGAGCUCCUCCUCCAUCUCAGCCCCAGUCCCAGCAGCUUCUAUGCCCAAGCAUAUUUCAAUGACCCUCCCAGCCAGCUUCAGAGGGAAGAACACAACCAGACCAGACUAUGAGCACCAGAACUCCAACUUGUAUGCUAUUUCAGCAAUGGAUGGAGUGCCUUUCAUGAUCUCCGAGAAGUUUGCCUGUGCCUCAUCUGAUCUGCAGCAGGUUGAUCUGAUGGGGAUUACGAUCAAGUCACUGGCUGAGAUUGAGAAAGAGUAUGAUUACAGUUUCCGCACAGAGCACAGUGCCGCAGCUCGCCUCCCUCCCAGUCCAACGAGGACCUCUCUGAGUUCUGAGGCCUAAGGAUCCCCUCAUCACCCCUCUACACUCUCCCCAUCAGAGACCAGCAGGAGAGACCUUAAAACAACUACUGAGUACCUACCCACAACAAACAGUCCUGAAAAAGAAAAAACAACAACCCAGAACAACAAAAAAAGAUGAAUUUCCUAACUCUGGGGCUCAUCAUCAACAUCAUCAUGGUCUCUUUGUGUUAGUUGUGGUGUUGAAGAGGAAACUGAAAACACUGAGAGAAAGACAGAAGCAUAACAGGACCGACUCUGGGUCUGGCCAAAACCACUACGGACACAGCUGAUGAGCUUUUAGAAGAUGAAAUUGACCGUCGUCAGACACAGCAGACUUUUCUUACUCAAGAAAAUCGAAAGGAAUCGAACUCGUAUAAUAUUAAAAUGCAUUUCUUUUCUCAAAAAGAAUCGUGAAGCAUUGUUGCCUGUCACACAACCAACCAACCAACCAAUGUUCCAAUCAAGAAAAGGAUACCUUAUUGUGAUGGAGGGUACUUGUUUGGCCUUUUCUCUAUAAAAUGGAAGCUGAGGAGCAGCCAUCAUAUUUGCCUUUCUCGUUCAUGACACACCUGCUGCUCUAACAUUGACCUGAGUCAUGGCACCAGAGGGCAAAUCAUCCAUGUUCAUGUGUUGGAAAUCCAAAAGGAAUUGUUACAUAAUGGGAUUUUGUUUUUAAGCUUAUACUGCUUAUCCUAUUGGGGAAUGACUCAUUGUUCUCUAGAUUUUACUGUAAUAUACUGCUAUAACUUUGAGUACACUUUGUGUUUGGGAACUUUUGCUUUUUGUUUACCACAGAUAUUCUUUAACCACUCCACCACUGUAUGUACAUUAGCAGAAAGACACAGGUUACACUGCUGGAUCACACAUACCACUAGUUUUAUGUUUCUGACAACUAUUGCUGAUGACUGCUAUUUUUUUUUUUUUUUAGGUCUUCCUUAUUAGUGAUAAAAAGUCUUCUUGUUUUGGUAUUGUUGCUAAAACUUUGGUGUCUUUCUCAUUAUCUUACUAUGAAUUACUAGGAAUAUAAAAAUGUAUAUUUAAAUAAUAAUAACAAUUAUUAUUAUAACUAUUAGGAAGAGAAUCAACCCAUUUUAUCGUAAACACAUCUCCUUCGCAUUAAAAAAAAAAAAAACCCAUCUAAAUGUACAGUGAAGCAGAGUACAUUGCGCCAACUUAAUUACUGUGCUAGUCGAAACUUAAAACGGUCAACAUUUAUAUAGAAAACUCAAUGGAAAUGUGAAAUUUCUGUUUGUAUUCAUUUUUAAAGUGUGAUUGUUACAUGAAAUGUGUGUGGAGCUAUGAUAUGGAUACUGAUUUAAUCUGCUGCUAUGUUUCUUCUGGAAGGUGGCUUUGAAAUCACAUGUCCUCAUAUAUUCACUCAACUUUUCUGUUGCACUUUCUCAUAGGGCUGAACCAUAUAGGAAAAAGUAUUUAUUUUGCUUUUGCUAUUAUUUUGGCUGAUAUAAUCAUAUCACAAAUGCAACGUUAGAGGGAAUGAUCAUUUUGCUAAAUUAUCAUUUUCAUAGAAAAAUACAUUAACAUACCAUAUUGUAGGGCUGCAACUAACGAUUAUUUUCAUUAUCGAUGUGAAAGUGUUGAAAAAUAUCAAUCAGUGUUUCCCAAACCACAAGAUGACGUCCUCAAAUCUCUUGUUUUGUCCACAAACCAAAGAGAGAUUCAGUUUAUUGUCAUAAAGGAACAAAGAAACCAGAAAUAUUCACAUUGAAGAAGCUGAGAAUUUGGACUUUUGUCUUUAAAAAACUGCUCAAACCAAUUAUUCGAUUAUCAAAAUAGUUGACGAUUAAUUUAAUAAUCGAUUAUUGUACGAUUUGUCGAUUAAUUGUUGCAGCUCUACUAUAUUUACACCUGUUUUGUGACAAAACGUACCAAACAAAAACAUUUUUUAAAUCUCUAAAUUCAAUUUGUAGGCUGAUUGAUUCAGACAGGUAUUUUGACUAGAGCAGUCAAAGGCAAUUAAAUUAAUUAUUAAUGCAAAUUCGUUUUAAUGCAGGUUUUGUUAUAAUAAUCCUUUAUCCUUUGCCCAAACUCAGAUGGUGACUAGCAAGCAAAGAAAAAGGUCAUUCAAACACGAUGUUCAGCUAUAAUGGCCUGUCUGAUGGGUCUGUCAACAAGAUCAAAGUUACUUGCAAUAACUAUCAAUGUGAGCUGAGUUACCAUAGGAUUUAGACUAAGAUACAAUUUUCUAGCCAAGCAAAUGGCCAAUGCAGACAGUCCCUUAAGCCCUGUAAUAUGUAGCUUGCGGUAGGCCAGUAAACAUUGUGGAAGAUGAGGUUCUGUGUGAAAUGAUCACUAUGUUAUCGAAGAUAAAGUUGUUCCACAAAUAGUGGCGCAGUUGAGACAGACUAUGAUGGUUGAGCUCACUGAACACUUGACAGCAGUUACCGUUACCUCAGGUAGUGGUUACUGGUUGUAACUCCAGAUCUAUGAAAAUGUGCAUAACCCUGUAACCACUAUGGUGUUAUAAUGUGAUGAAAUACUCCCUUUAAAGUACAUUUUCAAUUUGUGAUUAACUAUGGGCAUGCAAUGAAUCACAAAUAGAAAAUUUUUUCAUCAACUGAUCUUAACAACAAAUAAUGAGCCUCCUGCAAUUUGGAUAUUGCUCUACUCAAUAUUGCAAAUUCAAUAAAAUUCAGAUUAAUUGCCCUGUUUUGUUGAAUUUUGCUUUAAUCAAUACAGUGUAUUUUCCACUGCAGCUAGGUGUAACAUUUAUUGUGAUAAUAUCAAGAUUUAUUUUCUGAGUUUUGAGCAUUUACACUUUCUGGGUUUUAAAGCAUAGGUUGAAUCUGCAUAAAUACAGUUUUCAGCAGUGUUACAUGGUGAAAUUGCAACCCAACUCCUCUUGAACAAAGGCGCUAUCACUUUCAAUGGACAACGUCAAACAAGAGUUCCAUAUGUAACCAAGCUUCUGUGAAUUGCUGUCACUAGGUUCUGCAACCCUCUUGGGUUUUUCAAAGUAAAGUGUAUCACUUUGACUGCAACAGAUGUUGCAGUCAAAGUGAUACAAAUUGUAGUCAGUUCCACAUGUAUGAGUGAAGAAAAGUUGUUUUUGAGUUAAGCUACAUGUGAAAUACUCUUGUGCCUACAGUGCAUCCUCAAAAGCAGGUCCUUAAUUCAGCCUGUCUUCCCACUACCCUUUUAACAACUUUUUACUGAAUACGUCUGAUUUAGAAGUUGCAUAACUUGGAAUUUGUGCUGUAAUGAUCAAAACAGGUAAACCAUGAGUACAAGAAACAUUUCAUACUAAUAGAUAGAUUAGAGAUUUUGAGGGGUUGGAUAAAGUACCAUAAUCAGUAUAUUACCACCAUCACCUAAAAAUAAAAUCAAUAUCAGUUUAGUAUUUGAAUACUUUAACCACUUUAUCUGGCCAUUAGCCAACCCUGUCUAAGUAGAGCCUUUAUCUGCACUGCAAAAAAAAAAACCUUAGAUUUAGAAGUGUUGGAUGAUUCAUCUUGUUUUAAGAGUUUAUUUCUUGCUUAUUUCUAAAUUUAAUAAUCUUAAUUCAAGAAAGCUUGUCAAGUGAAAUUAUCUGUCCAUGCAGCAAGAUCAUUUCCAUCAGAUUUAGUGCUUUUAUCUUGUUUUUAGACACAGUUUUUUGCAGUGUGCGCUCUUUUCGGAGCCACCAGUCCUGUAACAUGAAUACAAUUUUACAUUGCAGGAAGAGAGCAUAGAUAAUGGCGUCACAUCUCCCCUAUGUAAAUGUAUUAAUACAGGGCUGUCUGACUGCAAGAUAAGUUCACUCUAAAAAUAUGUCUCUGUGUAUUUAAUGAGACAGAAUACACAGACAAUACAGGAAUGUGUUUAGAAGCACCAAGCAUUUGGUUAAACAAUGGCCCUGCAUUACUGUAUUUCACUUCAUUCACUGCAAGUCAUAAAUGCAUGGAAAACUAAUUUUAUUUUAUAUUUUUGUGUGUUUAAAUUAUUAGUCAUUUCAGUAUUUUGAUGGUUUUGUCCUAAAGGCUGUUUAGUUUCUUCUUUCCAGAAAUGUAACCUAGCCAAUUGCACUGCUGACAAUUUUAAGUGUGAAAAGAUAAAUGAUCAUGUGAGGCUCUUUGUAUUUGAGCUGAAUGUAUCUGCCUGUUUUUUUUUUGUUGACAAGUUACACAUAUAAUUUCUCAGCUGAUGUGUUUACUUACAGCCAGUUUUGCGAAAACAUUUAAUAGCUAACUAAUAUUGUGUCUGCAUUAACAGCAAGUAUCAAUCCUGCUUUGAUGUGUGUUAGUUUGCAUGCAUGGUAACAUGAGGUGUCAGAGUUUGGAAAAGGAGAGGUAUUUUUGGAGGUUAUUGAUCAAUUUUCUCUCAAAUGGCUUUUUUUUUUACUACAGGAUGAACAAAACCGCAUUAGUUGAUUUCUGUUAUAAGAAAGUUUAUUAAACUAUGAUUAACUGAAGCCCUUGACUUGAAGUUGGAUUUAAUGUUGGUAAGGUUGGUGCUAUCAAAUUUUUAAGGUGGAUACUAAUAAAGAUAUUGGAAGUUUAAA